AUGAGAAAUCAUCUGAUUCAAGCGAUAUUCUACCUACAGGAUGGCUUGCAGAACUUGCUUUUCGACGAGUCUGCCCCGAGGUUUCUUGACUUUUUUAUUUGAAAAAAUUUGAAAAAAAGGAUUUCGGACAUCUUGAAGAAAUAUUGAAGGAAAAAGAAACCUUGGUUGAUUUUUUUUUCAGACUGAAUUCGAACUGUAGAGAAUAAGAAUUUUUGAUAUUUUUCAUCAAGCUUUUCAAAAGGAGUUCAGAACCAAAACGAGAAAGUACGUGAAAAAGAGAGGGUUCCAGACAUUUUGGCUUUCUAUGAUUCCCUAAAUGUCUCCAUUUUUUCUCACUUUCUUAUAACCUCAAAACUUCCAAUUUAUGAAUUAGAGAGUGAAUAAAAAAAUGGAGGGUUCCGCCACUUUUUUUUUCUCUGUCUGAACUUCUUUUCAUUUCCUGUUCUCUAUAACUUUUGCCUGAGAUUACUUUUGUUCGUUUUUUUUAAAUUUCCUGACAGCCUGUUGAAUCCAUGUCUUUUUUGGAGUAAAUAAAAAAAAAUUGAAAAAAAGCCCUUCGAUCAUUAACUAGAGAUUCAGGACCACGAAAUCUCGUUUUUUAUGAACACUCGUCAAAUUUUUUAAGGCUCAUACUAGCAUUUCAGCGAUGCAGAAAUAACAAAAACAAGGAAAAUGGAACUUUUUAAUAAAUCGGUUUGAAACAGAAAACCGAAGUUUUCGAAAUUUUUUGAACAAAUAGUUUCCAGAUGGCAGAAGAACAUUGCUCGGUGGAUGGUCAUCGUUUUCUGCCUUUUGAUUCUCUGGUUAUUUGCGGCGAUCAUGAGGUUGAUCACCAAUACAGAUAGAGGUAAACUUGGAAUAAUUUCCUGCAUAAAAACUCCGCGUUUAGAAUAAAAAGUUAAAAAUUUUCUAUGGAGCGCAGCUUCUCAGUUUCGAGCAUCCGGGGUUAAUUUUUUUUUCGAUCUCUCUUUUUUUGUCAUUUAAAAAUUUUUUUUAUUCAGCUAAACCAUUCUAAUUUUUUUAAACGGAACCAUUCCGAUUUUCCAGACGGCUACAUCACAACCUGGCCAGCAUCUACAACUCCAGCUGAAGAGGAAAAUUCAGGGGAAAGUUCGAAUGAGAACCGACGGGAGCCGAAAAAUGGGGCACGAAGAAGGAAAAAUCUUCUUCAAGAUUGAUUCAAUGCUCUUCUUUGUUUUGUUUUCAUCUGUUAGAACCAAUAAAGUAGAUUUUUAUAUUUUUGUGUACAGCAAACGUUAAAAUUCCUUAUGGAAAGCUCGCGCAAGAAUUAAAAGAAGUACAUAGAAAAGGCUCAAAUGAUCCUUUCCGACCAAAUAUUUUUUUGAAAGGCAAUAAACCACUAAUUGAAAUAAUCUACACGUGAUACUGACAUUCAUAAAAGUACGAAUCGAAUAAUCAUUUCCAGCAAAUUUAAAAGUCUCGAAAGUUUUGAGCAGUUCCGGCAAAGUUGCACUUUACGGUAAAAUUUGAAAAUAUUCCUUGCCCUUUUUUUUUGAAUUUGCAAACCAAAACUCAUAAAAAACUCCCUAAAACGUCAGGAGACUUUCAAUUUCAAAAAAAUGCUCAGAACAACGACCAAAGUAAAAAUUAUGAGUUUAUGGAUUUUAAUUUUUUGAUGUUUUUCCCUUGAACGACUGAAAUUUUUAAAAAUUAAAACUGGAUCUUUUUUUCGAGAUUUUUUUACCGAUGACUGUUUUCUCAUGGAACUGACCGAACUUUUAGUCGAAUAUUCUUCUUUUUUUCUCGAUCCAUACAGUUUAUUUCUCAAUAACCUGGAGUUAAGUAUAAAUAUCCCUUUAAGAAAAAGUUUUUUUAUGCUAUUUAGCUCUCAUUCCCAGCAUUUCUGCAAAUUCUCAAAAAAUAAGUGACGUUUGACUCUUGGAGGCUGAGGAUACAAAAAGUCUGAAAAAAUGGCGUCAGGAAAGCUUCAAAAAGCGCUUUUUGAAAAAUUCUUUUCUUCAGCGAUUAUGAUUUGCAAGCGAUUGAUCUGAAACUCUUGAAGAACUUCCUAUUAUAAACUUUCAUAUAGUACUCGAAAACAAAAAAAAAUAUCUGCUAAGCGUCAUAAGGUAUCGAAAAAACUACGACCGAAAAUGUACAGGGUAUGCUUACCAGGGAACGUUUUUUUUUAAUUUCUCGCAAUAGAUCUCGUUGUCGAGUUAGGACACUUCAAAAGCCCGAAAUAGCGCUUUUUGGCCUAAUUUGCUUAUUUUGCACACUUUGAAGCUUCAUAACUCGGAAACGAGAUCUAUUGCGAGAAAUGUUUUUCUUGAUCUGCAAUCAGGGGGUCCGAAAGUACAACUCAGCAAAGUUUCAGCAAAAGUUCAACCGGGGGGUAAAAAACGUUCCCUGGUUAGAAGCUGUUUUACUUCGAAGAUUUAAAUCGAAAAACAAUUUCUUAGCCCAUCGUAUCCUGAGCAACACGAGAAAAAAGAUUCGUCUUCUAAAAUUAGAUACGAAACAGUUUUUGAGCAUUUCCUGUGCAUUUUCGACCGGAUUUUUUCCCGGUACCUCAUACCGCCUAGCAGGUACUUCUUUUCGUUUCCGAGAAACACCGUCGUGGACUACCUGUCACAGUAGAUAGGACCAGAUCUUCAAUGUUCCCCUCAGACACUCCUUUAAGACAAAGUCCAUUGGAGGCGGAGUCGAGCUCUACUUCCUUCGCUUUUCCUUCCUCCACCUCAAUCCAAUGACCACAAAAGUCAUGGAAACAUCUACCAAGGAAUAUCUUUCGAUCUGGGAGCCUCCGAGAAGCAUCGGAAAUCGAUCGAAGAAUAAUUACGCUAUUUAUCACCUUGCCCCUUUGGCACCGAAUCCCGGCUGCUUCUACCGACUUUUUUGCUUCUGGAGACCGGUUAAGAAAGGUUGGUUGUCUAAUUUUCUUAUCAGAGUCCUCUUCAAGUUAAUAGAAAUCACUUCAAAAUUUUUUCUGAAGGUUUCAGAGGGAUAUAAAGAUCUUCUAACCAAAAAUAGAAUUGAAAAGGGUUCUUCGCUUCGUCAUUUUUUUCAAAAUUAGUCCUAAUCUCUUUUUGAAAUAGCUAGCAAUGAUACUUGGACAGACUAUUGAACUAAAAAAAAAAUCCAGAUCGGAAUAUUUGAAAAAAUUAAAGGCGAGAGAGCAUUUAGAAGUUAGAAACCUAUAAAUUUUCGUUUUUUUUUCAAUUCUAGGACCAUCCACGUUUUUCAUACUCUCAAGCUACAACUUCUGCUUUAUAUUUUAAUCGAAUCGAAUAUUUGAAAUUUGAUGUAUUUACUCAAAGAAAAAAUGGGAAAAAGUUUAUCUAUUUAUAAAAUUUAGUGCAAAAAAGGAACUUCCUCAUGAAAUGUUUCAUUUAUCUUCAAAAUUUCAGACCCAACAGUGUUUUUCUUGAAAAAACGUAAGAAAAGCUCUUCGAAAAGCUCGAAAAUUAUUUUUUGAAAAAAUUGUCUAUAAAGUUCCUAACUCCUGCGCUCCAAGGGCAAUUCCCCUUUUUUAUGCUUUAACAUUUUUUUUUUAAGAGUAAAAGGCUUUCAAAAUUUGCACGGUUCAUUUGUUAAAAAACCAUACAAAAAUCAAAUUUUCAUCGUCACAUGUUUCGAUUAUCAUUAGAGCGCGAAAGUUUAGUUCCUAGUUAAUAUUUAGUUUUUUUGAAACUUUGUUUUGAUGAUUCUUUUAGUGCAAACUUCAUGAUUUCUCGGAAAAUUUUAGUAGCAACUUUAGGGUUUUAACGUUUAGUGGCCCCUAUAGUAGUCGAGGUAGCGGCCUCUUUGGGUGUCUAAUUGGUACUUAUAACCUCUAAAACUAUUGCAGAGAAAACUAAGACGCAAAAUAGUGGCUUCUAAAAAGGUGGUUCUAGUGGCUACUUUAGUGUUCUCUCCAAGUAGUCCUUGAGAAACACUUCAAAGAUCCACUACAGUUUUUCCCAGUAACACUGAAUGCGCGAAAAAAGCUAACGACCUCAAAAACGGUUUUUUUUUGAAGAUUCUUCAAUUGAAUUGUACAUGCAACCUAUAGCUACCGUAACCCUUCCAUUUUCAGCCGCCUGGACGACAGAAUCUUCAAAAGACCCGCCUUAUCGGAAUAUGCUGAAAAGUGACCGAAGGAACACUGAACCGAUCUUUCUUCCAGUUAUUCUCCCUCCAAAUAUGCUCCCACCAAGCUAA